AUGUGUUUCCAGGGGACACCCUGUCGUGCGGUCAAAACCUGUGAGUUGUGUAAGGGGAGCCUAACACUGCAUCUGGACGACUUUGACAUGGAGGAGUUUUACCAAAGGCAUGGUCAGACACAGGUGGAGCAGACCAGUCCAGAGCUGUACAUGUUGCUGAUCCUUCAGCAGAGGUUCUCAGAGCUGCUGCAGGUGGCCCAGUCACGUAGCAACACCGUCUCUAGGGUUUGGAGGCUUCCUCUUCUUCCACACACACUGAGGGUGAGAGCCAGCAGAGGGAGCCAGAGAGGCAAUCACACACCAGGGACACCUGACACCUUCACCCUUCUUCCUUCCUGUUCUUAAAUCCUGGGUGAAGUGACGUUA